GGAUCAAUUUGAUCAAAGUGACACGUAUGACUCAGCCCUCGCAGGAAACUUCUCGAAAAGAUGUAACGUAGUUUCUCGUUCUUUCCUUCCUUUCCGUUCUGCUUUCCUUUCUUUCUUUGAAAUUCCCCCAUCCGUCCCUCCCUCCCCUACAUGUCUACCACCCAACAGGAACCUUCUAGAAUUGCCUGAAAACGCACGCACUCUUCUUCGUACGACGCUUCUCUCUCUCUCUCCUCUCCUCUCUCUCUCUCUCUCUCUCUCUCCCCCCCCCCCCCCCCCCCUUCCUUUUCCUACCAGAUCUGCUCUCCUGCGAUCUCCUUUCAGCUACAAAUUGGUGGAUUAGGUGACGGAGAUGGCUCCACCUCCGGGGGAGCAGAACGCCGGAGAAUCAACGGCGUUGGGCGAUGCGCCGAGGUCUCUUCCGACGCCGUUUCUUACCAAAACCUACCAGCUUGUCGAUGACCGCAACAUCGACGACGUGAUCUCGUGGAACGAAGACGGAUCUACCUUCAUCGUCUGGAAUCCCGCCGAGUUCGCCAGGGAUCUGCUUCCCAAGUAUUUCAAACACAACAAUUUCUCCAGUUUUGUCCGUCAACUCAACACCUAUGGGUUUCGGAAAAUUGUACCUGAUCGCUGGGAAUUUUCGAACGAAUGCUUCCGCAGAGGUGAAAAGAGACUUCUCUGCGACAUACAGCGACGAAAAGUUACACCGCCUGCUGCAGCGGCGCCAAUCGCCUUGAUGGCGGCGGCGGCUGCGGCUGCACCGCUGCAAGGGACGGGGUCGCCAUCAAAUUCUGGCGAGGAACAAGUCAUUUCGCCGAACUCAUCGCCGCCGAUGCUGUGCCAACAGACUUCUGGUAGUACCGUCGAGCUUAUGGACGAGAACGAGAGGCUAAGGAAAGAGAACAUCCAACUCAACCAAGAGUUGAGUCAGAUGAAGAGUUUGUGCAACAGCAUCUAUACUCUGAUGUCAAACUACGCCAAUCACCGGCCGCAGAUCGCUCUUCCAUCGUUGAGGCCGCUCGAUUUGUUACCGUCGAUUCAAUCCAGUGAAAGAACCGGCGUUAAAGAUCAGGCGAAACUGGAGGACGACACGAGUGCAAGACUUUUCGGUAUUCCGAUAGGCGCGAAACGGUGUAGGGUAGGCGACGGUGAGGCGGUGGAGCAGGAAGAAGAGCUGCAGCUGCAACUGGGUGGGGCGGAGGUAAAAUCGGAACCGUUGGAUCAUAGGGACGGCGGUGCUGAUCAAGCGACGUCAUGGCUAAGACAGUGCCACCGGACGAAUCAGAGAGUAUGUAAUUGAGUGGCUGCGAUGGGGGGGAGAUCUAGAGUAGAUUCUUCGUUGAUCAGGCAGGCAGGUGUAGGAUGCGGCCGCAAGAGGAGCGGCACGUGCCGAAUCUGUCACGUGUCUCGGGAACCUUUUCGUGGUUGGAACCAGUUUCAGGAAGUUUCUUGCACUUUUUAUCCUUUUCCUUUUAGUCACAGGAAAAAAUAUAUUUAAAAAAAAAAAAAAAGCAUUAUUAUUGUCGUUGGUCCGGUCAUAAGAAGUUGCUAGUCCUUUGAAUUAUCUCCAUGGUGUGUAUGAUAAUGAUGAGACGCCACCAUAAAUGAUGCGUUCUAUCUUAAUAUGUUCUAAUACUUUUGUUUUUGUCAAA